AUGUCAUGCUCGUCGCAAGUCCCAUAUAAGGAAUGGCGACUUCAAGUCUUAUCUAAACUGUUCCUUCCUCAAUCCCAAGUUCCAUCAUGCCGCCUCAACGCAAGACGAUAUCUCUCAUCAAGCAAAACACUCCACAAUGUUCGGACUUACAGCACAAACCGUGACAACGACGCCAACAAUCAAGACGAUUCCACUCCUCGGAACAUAUCAAAUACCACGCUCAGCCAAAAACCCCGUCCAUCCGACUCCCUCCCCAAAUCCCCUCUGUUCAAACUCUCCCAAACCCGCCCAACAGGCCACCGACCUCGAAAACCUCAAGGCACAAAGGCCGACGAUGCUCGACUCCGCAAUAAUCCCUGGGCAGUCGCCCUCGCUUCCCCAAUACGAAAUUGCACGGCGACUUCGAUGCGUGUACCAAAAGCAUUCCUAACGGAAAUGGGACUCGUGCGACAAAUCGACGAAGCUAUAGAAGGGAAGCCGCCGAAGACCAAUGUAUGGUGGAUGCCGACUGGAUUAUUGAAGAGGAAACUUUCGAAAAAUAUUACACCUGAGAAAUCAUCGAAUAAUAGAAAGCUGCCAAUUGUGAGGAUGCUUACUCGCGCACUUAUUAUGGAGUAUUUACCUCUUGCGGUACGGAAAGACACGGACAGGAAGGUCAAGGCAUUUCAAUUUGUGCCUUCAGAAUGGCGGACGAGGUUUAACAAGUCUGAGUAUGCCGAAAUUAACAAUGUGGAAUGGCCAGAAGGAUUGCCUGAUUUGGUACUGAAGUAUCUGGGCGAAAAGGUCGUUAGGGAUCUUAAGGAGGCUUAUCGAUAUGAACGAAUCAAGGGUGAAAAGGCGGAUCAGUGGCGGGUUCUGCAGGUACCCCAUCUGUCAGUCCCCAGCUUGAUAGAAGGGUUACGACAUAUCGAAAUAAAGGAUAUCCGGGCAGGGGCUGUGGUCAUUAUGGGAGACCCCGAACCGGAAUCGACAAGAGACGCUUUUGCGUCCAGAUUUCCGGAUUAUCUCACUCUGCCUCAGACGCAAUCUACCGUGCCGGUGAUUGACCUAAGCACGCUGCUGUCGGCUUCUGAUCGUCAAGCCCUUCGAGAAUCAAUUCCUCGAUUCGCCGAGAAAGCAUUGUUUUUUCGUGCAGAUGGGCCAAAAUCCGUGGAUGCAAUGCUGGCCAUGUGGGAGUUGAAGGGUUAUGUUAUGCAUGACGCUGAAUACGUUCCGGAUUUGAGAGCCCAAAAAAUCGUCGAUAAAGAGUAG